GAACUGGUCGCCACGGGUUCUGGCUCAUAAUCAAUCAAGUGCCCUGAUCAGUUUCAGGCAUGGGAGAGGGAGAUUUCAAGCAUUUAGUUGUUGUCAAGUUCAAGGAAGGGGUGGUCGUUGAAGACCUCAUCAAAGGGAUGGAGAAGAUGGUGUCAGAGAUUGACAAUGUCAAGUCCUUUGAAUGGGGACAGGACAUUGAAAGCCUGGAUGUGCUGAGACAAGGUUUCACGCAUGCCUUCCUCAUGACAUUCGCCAAGAAAGAAGAGUUCGCUGCGUUUCAGGGUCACCCGAAUCAUGUGGAGUUCUCAACAACGUUUUCAGCUGCCAUUGAGAAGAUCGUGGUGCUGGAUUUCCCAGCUACUCUUGUGAAAGCACCGGCUUAAGAUUUUCAACAUCCUCUGUUUCGACCCAUUCAUCAUAAAGAUUUCACCUUUACAGCUAUGUAUGCAUCCGCGCGUCCAUUUGUCUGUGUGAUCUCUUGUUUUGUGAUGGGUCCGUCCAUCCGUACAAGUUCUCUUGUCACGGACUUAUAGCUAGUACGCAUGGCUUAUGAACUAUAAACUGUUCACCCCUUCUCUUUAAUGGAUAUUUUGUAGCAGUUGGUAUUUGACAGUAUUAAUUCCCUAUCGGCUACAA